AUGACCGCGCUUCGAGAUGGUUUGUCGGCGCGACCCUGGUCGACGUACAGUGCAGCUACCAACGACCUGCAGCAGCUCGACUCCUCGCCCUCGACUCCUGAGCCCGAUCAACAGAACGCUCGCAAGGCGCGCAAGCCCUCGCCUGGUCUAGCUGCGCGUUUGAAGGCCUUAGGUUUUGGAAAGGAUUCGACGAAAGCGAAACCGACGAGUCGCUCACCCUCGAGCGAUCGCGUUGGCCGCAUCCCAGAGGACCACAUUCACAAACUCGACACCAUCCACCGAGCACUGUCUACGAAAUCUACGACCAUCCAACGACGCGGACGAGCUUGGAGUGGUGCGAGCGGCCAGAUCACGCCGCAGGCAAGUGUUGCCAACCUCAACGAGAUCACGAUUGAUGAUUCGAGGCUUUUUGAGGGGGAAACACGUCGUCCAUCAUCGGCUGCGAGCGUGGGCGAGACGGUGAUGACCACACAUGCACCGCAGAUAGAUAUGGACUCGCAGAAGUACCGUCUACCGGAGCACACGAAUGGCAAUGGUACAAAAGCAAUGUCCGACACAAAACAGGCACACAUCGAGAGAUACACCCCGCCAGACGAAGCAGAGGAUGCUCCCCCUCCACCAAUAUCCAAGGACACGCCGCCAGGUGGCACUCCUGCCGACUCCAUGGUAGAUGUCUCUUCGUAUUUCAACCCAUUCGGUCUGCAACGUGCCGGCUCGAUCUACACGCUGUCCCGCGUCUCUUUUGCAAGUCAACUGGCACAAUUGACAUCACUCCAACUUCCAGAUGCCGAAUCGCUCUCGACGAAAGUUUCUGCUAUACCGACGUCAAAAGCUGCCUCGAAAGCGUUGAUGGGGGCAGCAGAGCAGAUCAGAAGCUGGAUAUCAAAAGCGACUGAGGUUAUUGCUGGCCUCGAUGGCGAAGACGACGUGGAAUGGGCAGCGGCAGGGGGCAGAGAAGGCCUGGAAGAGGUCGAUAAUGCAAUCACCCGAUUCGAAGAACUCAUCAAUGUUUAUGUUUCAGCCAUCGAAUCUUUACAAGGCCGACCUGAUAUUUCAACCGUCUCAGCGGAUGAGCUGAAGAAGGUCGUGCUGCAAGUUGAGACGAUACUCGCGGAAUGGGAGAAGAUACGGAACACAUUGAAAGAUGUCAAGAACUCUGUCGAAAUUGCCAUGGAAUGGGAGGAGCUAUGGAACACAGUGUUGGGUGAUAUUGGCAACGAAAUGGACGUGCUAGCCAGAUUAGUCUUCGAGAUGGAAGAAAAGAGACACAAGUCAUUGAUGGAGGCUAGUGGGGAAAGUGGACUCGACAUCAACGAACUCGAAACCAUUGUUGAAGAGACGCCGCCUUCCAAGACAAGGCUACAUGCCAACAAUCGCUUCAGCGUGCCGGUUGCUUUCCCUAUGAGCCCGAAUUCUCCCAAUCCUUCCUCCAUGGCUCAAGAUGAUUCGAGUCUUCUUGCGCUAUUUGCAAGAAUGCAACCACUACGAGCGUCUUUAGACUUCCUUCCUAUGCGACUGUCAACUUUUCACGCCAGGGCGGAAAGAAUAUUUCCGACCGCAUGUGAAGAACUUGAGACGAAGAGGGCGGGACUUGAAAGCAGCUGGAAGACCUUGGAAAAAGACGCUGAAUCACUACGAAAAGAAUUGGGCGAGGAUCGGUGGGUUCUGGUAUUUAAAGGGGCCGGUCGGCAGGCACAAAAGAUGUACGAAUCCGUUGAUCGAAGUGUUGUCAAACUCAGGGAGGGAAUCGAUGCGGGUAGCCACUUGGAGAAUCCCGCUUCCAUGGGCAAGAAGAUUGAGAGCUAUGAGGGAAAAAAGCUUCAUUAUGGUCCAGCAAUUGAGCGAGUUUUGUCUAUUAUUGAGCGGGGUGUGAAGGAUCGCUUGACUGUUAAUGGCGAAAUUCUUCGACUGCAUUCUGAAAUGCAGCGGAAAUGGGAGGCGCUCAAAGAACAAAUGGCUGAGCUUGAUAUUACCUUGGAGGAGCUCCAAGCAGAUAAGAAGAACCAGCAGCUCAGAGAUUCGAUAUCAAGCAUGCUUAGCAUCGAUCGAUCGACCGUCGGAAGUCUCUAUGAUACCCCUGGUAGCUCCCCAGCUUCUUCUGUGGUCAUGAAUGGCCUCAGUGGUGGACUAGACCCCUCAACACCGGCAACGAACGGCAAGGUACGCGCCAACAGCAAGAGCAGUCUCCCUCAACCUGGGGGAAGGAGAGUUGCCAGCAUGCCAGCGACAACGAGCCAGCUCCCUCGAAAAGGCUUGACGAGCCGUCUCUCAAGCAUCGGUGCUCCUGCAGGUCAAGCAUCUCCAUCUCCCGCAUCAGCAUCCAGGCAGAGUUCUGCAACACCAACAGGAAACCGGUUGCCACGACCAUCGUUGACUCACGCCGCGGAUGGUAGGCCAAAAUGGAACUCCAGCGUCAACACCAAAGAUACAAUCAUCGGGCAUCACCACAAGCCCAUGAGUCUAACGACACCAAGCCCUCAUGCUCGUACUGGGCCUCCUUUGACCCAUUCGAACAAGUCAAAUGAGUCUAGGAUUCCACUUCGCAGCCCUCUAAGCCGGGAUAAUACAGCGUCUCCUGCGUUCGAUGUCACUCCUUCACGUACUUCAAAUUCUCGGCUCGCCUUAAGAGACCGCAUCGCUAGCCCAGGUCCAUACUCUCAGCAAGUCCUCACUAAAUCUUCACCCGCAAGCAGGCCACGCCUUCUUAACACACAGUCGUCUAUGUCUGCUCUGAACUCCACUGCCAGCCGCCGGGCGUCAAUGCAACCGCAAGCCAGUGAUCCAACUGGAUUGAUCAGCCCGGUCGCCAAGCCAGCAAGACCUGCCAGUUCUUUGGCUGCAAGCAGACGGGUUAGCUUGCUCCCUCAACCGAGAGGGAGACAGAAUUCUGGCGUUACUGGAAGGGAGAGUCCUCAAGCCAUAGCUGGCGCUGCCAGUGCGAUGAAGCGAAAUGGUAGUUCGACAAGCACGGAUAGCAAGGGCACGGAAAAGAAGCCAUGGCGAUGA